CGCAGGCAUGUAGUCUGUCUUGACGCCGCUGUGAACCGUGAACCCUGGAGCGUUUCAAAACACACCGCUGCGGUUCGUUAACAAGGAGAGCGUUUCAUUUUACGUCUUUUUAAAGCUGUACCACAGACGUGUUUGUCGCUUUUUUUUCUAUUAGAGAGCAUCUUUCUCAAGUUAACAGACAGGCGGAGAGCGGCUCUUUAAUGCGUUCAAAGUGAGCCUCUUUAUUAUGUGUAUGUGACGGUUAAUUUAACGGUAUUAUACUCUCGUAUCGAAUGAGCUAGCCGUUCAGAGCGGUAAUAAGAUGUCUGAGAAGAUGCAAGAGAAGCGAUAUUCCAGCAUGGACGAGUCCUCGCUCCGCAAUCUGCUUGAUAAAACUAUCGACAUAGACGAGCGGCGUCUGAUCCGUACAGCGAUCCGGGAGCUGCGGCGCUGUGAGAUUGAAGAAAUGGAGGCUGCGCUAACCAGCAAGCGCUUCAGACGGGCCCAUCAGAGCAGACACGAGGAUAAGGAAAACCAGUGCCGUCCUGAUUUGACAGCUUCAUUAGACGUACUGUCAGGGAAGAUUCAAGCUAUGAACAACAUUGAAGAACUUACUGGACUGUUACAAAGCGCCAGUGAAUACGAAGAAAGAAAACUCAUUCGAGCAGCCAUUCGCCGGCUCAGAGAUGAGGAGAUACGAGGAGCAUUAGAGAAGGUUCAGACCGCUGGCCAAAGAACAGAGCAACGACAAAAUCCUCAAAGCAGCUUUGACCUACAGUGUCUCAUUGCUAGUAAAGCUGACCGCAGCUAUUCAAACGAUCUAGAGAACAUCAAGGCAGAAGCACUCAUCAGCCAAUCGGAGAGAAUUGAGAACCACAGAGAAGCCUCGAACCCUGACAUGGUUUUAGUACUAGAUCCUUUGGUCAGAGAGAAAGUCUCCUGCCCUCUGACCCAGCGGAUCCAAUGCGAUCAUGGCUCACCCUCAGAAGUCAUUCCUUCAUACCGAGAGCGUUCAGACUCCGGAGAAUCGAAUGAUAGCAGCUCCCAUCAGAGAAAGAGGCUGAACUCCAGCGCCUCAGAUCGUAGUCACGACUCCCUGUCUACUGCUGAACCUUCUCUGAGGGACCAGAGCUCACUGUCAGAUCCAGCCGGAGAGGAAGUCAGGGCUGCUAUGAAUUCAGAGGCUCCUCAGAUGCAUGGAGACCUGAAGAAACUUGACAAUGGCAUGGAGACAACUCUCUUUCAGAGCACAGCAGGUUCACAAGCAUGCACACUGAGUGAGACCAGUACAAGAGCUGAAGACGUCUCAGGACAGAAGAUCACAUCGGGUAGAGGUGCUCUGUUAACUUCUCUUACUAAUGGCAAGGAUACAGAUUUUAAAAACAAAGCCUCACUCUCUGGGCCCGUCAUUCGUGCAAACUCCGUUCGCGACAGGAUGCGCAAGUUCACCGAACCUGUUACGAGUGCACCUAAAAUCAGCCACAGUGCUUCUCAUUAUACAAACACAAUGUCUGCUGAGAGGUCCUGGGACACCUCAUCCUGUUCUUCCUCCAUCCCAAAGAAAGAGAGGAAUGUCACUGAGAACAUGUUGGCCCAGCCCAGGCUUUUCUCCAGCCAAUCACACGCUGCAGUGGGCGGCUCACACGGCCGCACUGAAAAUGUCAGGCGUGCGUGUAGUGGUUCAGAAGAAGUGCAGACUCCUGAGGGAGAAGCAUCUUCAGGGACCCACGACACCCGGGGUGAACCCGAGUCCAACAUGAAGACCUUCCUCAGCAUUGAGAUCAAAGACGGAAGAAACACGACUUCACACUCUUCUCUGUCAUCGUCCUCUACAGCCGUGAACAUGGGCCCUCGAAUCCUCACAUCUGCUGCUCCACAGAGAACAGAGUUGACGCUUGGUUUAAGAGCAAUGCCGUUCAAAGUGACCAGCUCAAGUCUCUCAUCAGGAUCCUCUGUUAAGAUGGAGACGGAGCCCAUAUCCCUUGUGGGUGAAUCUGUGAGCGAGGCUUCCCAUGAUGUUCCUGUGCUUCCUAACGGCUCAUCCAUGACCUCCAUCAAAAAUGAGGUGCAAAGCGAUAAGCUGACCUCAGAGAAGCUACAAGAGAUUGAGGAUGAGGAGAUUCUGGACAAAAUGCUUGAUGAUUGCAAAGAUUUUGAAGAAAGGAAAAUGAUCAGGACCGCAAUGAGAGAACUACGAAAGAAAAAGCGAGAGGCUAGACUGGGAUGUACACAGGAGGAAAUGGACCAGAGAGAGAAGGAACGAGAUCUGCGUCUGCAGGAGCUCAGACAGCAGCGGGAGGAGAAAUCUCAGAAAGGCCGGGUGGGUGCAGACGCCAGUGAAGUCGUGAUGAAGAAGAUGGAGCGCUCCGCAGACGGCUCCACUAUCAGUCACGUCACCAAUCGGGUCACCCAUUCAGAUGAUCGAGGCAGGACGUCCCACAGCACUAUCAUGGAAUCCAGCUAUGUUCAAAAGACAGACAAAGGCACAGUGCAAACAAAAUCCUACAGUUUCUCCAGCACCACAUCCACUAGGAAGGUUGGCAGUGUUUUUGACCGUGAGGACAACACAUCUCGUAGCUCCAGCAGAACAUCAGCUCUUGAGCGCAGACAGGCAGAGAGAUCGGAGCUGAUGAGGGCUCAGACGUUACCCAAAACAUCUGCAGCACAGGCGCGAAAAGCCAUGAUCGAGAAGCUCGAGAACACUGGAGGCUCUGGAGUCAACUCGGCCAUUACUCAAGUAAACAAGGUGCAGCGCUCCACAAGCUUUGGUGUCCCCAACGCCAACUCCAUCAAACAGAUGCUGCUGGACUGGUGCAGAUCCAAGACCCGUUCCUAUGAGAAUGUGGACAUCCAGAACUUCUCCUCCAGCUGGAGUGACGGCAUGGCGUUCUGUGCUCUGGUGCAUAACUUCUUUCCAGAGGCCUUCGACUACUCCAGCCUCAGUCCUGCAAACCGCAGGCAGAACUUUGAGGUGGCCUUCAGCACGGCAGAGGCCUAUGCUAACUGCAUGCCCCUGCUGGAGGUGGAGGACAUGAUGAUCAUGGGUAAGAAACCAGACUCCAAGUGCGUGUUCACGUACGUUCAGUCACUGGUGAACCAUCUGCGCAGACAUGAGAUGAUGCUGGCGCGGGCACAGCAGAACGCUGACUUCUGACGCUCUACAACGCUGUAACGUUUUUUUUUUUCAUUCUGAUCCUGUUACAUUUCAACAGUUAAAAUUGCGUUUACUUUCCAGGCAGAUCUAAACGACUCCUAAUGUAACAGCUGUACAAACUCAUUAUGGAUUUUUUUUUUUAUGAAUGAAUUUUUUUUGUUUGUUUUAACGAACAGUAGUUUGCUCCAAAAAAAAAAAAAAAAAAGCAUCAAGAAAUGAAAACUGCAAGUUAUAUUUAGUCACUCCCAAGAUGCCUCUUUUACUUGAUUUCAUGUGCAAAAAAACGAAACAUGAUUUUAUGUUGAAUGCCCAUAUCUACGGUUUUAAAAGCUUUUACGGUACUGCUGCUGUCAAUGGAGCUCAGACCUGCAUGCUUUCACGAGCUUACUUGAAGUUUUAGUUCUGUUUCCAAAAGAAAUGAAGGUUAUAUUGUUAUAAUUUGUAUGCAAUGUCGUUUAUUUAAAAAAAAAAAAAAAAACGUUGCAAGAAUAUUAAUCUCACCGCUUGUUAUGGCUUCAGCCGUUGAGUGAACUCAUGAACUGUUUUUAAAUGUUUUUCACUUAAUUGAAAGUUUGGUUUGACACUGAACACACGGCAUUAGGUUAGUUCCACGGCAGAUAGACGUCCGCCAAGAAUUGAACAUACACAUUUUGAAGUGAUAUCAAAUGCACAAGCAUGCAUGUAUAGAUGCACUUACGAUCUGUCCUUAUUUAUGGACGAGUAUAUUUUGGAUUUGUUGAUAUUCCUGAACUUCAGUCGGGAGUUCAUCCCAAAACAUAAGCUUAAAGGGUCAGUUUUUUUGUACAUCUUUACAACACGGCUUUCAGCCAGAAACAAAGUGUAUUUAAACAGUGUGUAUAUAUAUAUAUGAGUAGCCCUAGUCAUGAAUUUGAAAAGAAGAAUAUUUUAGCAGUAAAUUCACUUUCAGGUCAAUUAUGUUUAUAUAUAUUUGGUUCUAAAGAUGGCUGUAGUUUUAAUUGUUUUGAAGACUGCAUAUAAUUUAAUUUUGAAGACGAAACGCAGCAGCCACGCCGGAGAGUGACUUUGCUUGGUACUUGAAGGUUGCAUGAGUAUGGCUCAUUAACACUCACUUACACUGAAAGGUGAACAUUAACAUUGUUUGUACACACUCAUUCAAAACCUUUUGUUCACUCAGUAUUUCGCUACACCAUGGUUUUGUAUAAUAGUCAUUAAAACCAUAAAUGACACCAAAAAA